UGGGUCACCUCUUGGGAAGCGAUUGCCUAAUAGAGUGUCAAACCAUUGAUGAGUUGUUCACUCAUUCAGUCAAUCAGUUGUUGUGUUGUCUGUCAUUGAGAUCUGUUUCGAGAUAUCAGUCGUUGUUUACAGUCAUCGCCGGUGUCGUCGUCGUCGCUGUCAUCCGGACCUAACCACUGGUGACCAAACCGGUCACACAUAUAUCACAUCCAGCGAUGGGUUUAUGCAAAUGUCCGAAGAAGAAAGUGACGAAUCAGUUCUGCUUUGAACACAAAGUCAAUGUCUGCGAGUACUGCAUGACAUCCAGCCAUCAGAAGUGUAUUGUCGCCCCAUAUCUCCAAUGGCUCGAAGACAGCAAUUAUCAACCGGUGUGUGGUUUGUGUCGACAAGAAUUGGACGACAAAUCGCAACAAACCAUUCGUCUGAUCUGUUACCACAUCUAUCACGUGAGUUGUCUGAACCGAUUGGCCAAUGAGUUGCCGCCCAAUACGGCGCCGGCGGGCUAUACGUGUCCCUCGUGUCACAAACCCAUAUUCCCGGCCCAAGCCGUGGCCAAC